CCUUCCUUACGUUUCCUGCGCAUUUUUUCUUCUUCCUUGGCCACAACAAUGUUUUAGCACAUUCCGUUUUAGUUUUGAUAAAAUAAACCAGAGAAGAUGAGCAACCAGUGCGCCUAUAGACCCCCCGCGGACUCGGAUUCGGACAGCAGCUAUGAUGGCUUCUACUUCUCGGAUCCGAUAAAGCGCACACGACCCGCUCCCUAUGUGGAUCCCGAGCAGAAGCUGUACGAGGCGGCCAUCGAGGGCGACGGCAAAACGUUGCUGGAGGAGAUGCGAAAACUCAACUGGAAUGUGGAUCAGGCCGUUAGGGGCGGGCCCACCUUGCUGAUGAUCACCUGCCGCGAGGGACACUACGACAUAGUCGAGCCGCUGGUGGAGAAGCGCCGGGCAAAUGUCAAUCGUCAAGUGGACUCUGUAACGCCGCUGAUGAUGGCCUGCGACUGCAACCGAAGGGAUCCCUACCUGGCCGAGAAGUUGGUACGCCUGCUGCUUCGCCACGGUGCCGUGAUCAAUGUGUCCGACAAAUAUGGGAUGACGCCCCUGAUGUUUGCCUGCCAGAACGGCUACGCAGGCGUUGUGCGUCUUCUGAUAAAGGAUGUCAGCUUCGAUGCGGUGGACAACCAGGGCUGUACGCCCAUCUUCCAUGCCAUUGAGCGGAAUCAUGUGGAGGUGGUCAAGUUGCUGGUUGAGGCGGGCGUCAAUGCCACCAUAGCGAACAACAAGGGAUACACGCCCACCCAAGUGGCCGAGUGCCAUGGCUACUAUGAUUUGCUGGAGAUCCUGCCGCGACCACCAUCUACCUAUCUGGUGCCAUCUAGCUACCUUUCCUAUAACACGCUGAGGGAUCACAUUCCACGGAUAUUCCUCAAGAGCGACUGUCCGGAGUACUUCCAGGAGCUCAACUACAUCCUGCGUUCGAUCGAGGCAGGCAAAACGCUGGAAAACUUUGCCAUUGCCAAGACUUCGCUGGCCGAAUUCCUUGUCAUGGAUGACCAACUGCUACGUGAGGUGGGCAUUGAGUUUCCCAUUUAUCGCAACAAGAUCAUGAAGGGGAUACUGGACUUCCACCUUCACCAUUGGUCCCAAAAGUCCAUAGCUCGCAUCAAGACGGAUGGCCUAGACAACUUCUAUGAGAUCCUCAUGAUAGCUGCCAAUCAUCUGCAGCAGUUGGUCAUCAUCCAGGCCUCUCUGAAGUUCGUUUUGAAGAACCAAAAAGCAGGAAAACUAGGACAACCCUCGGACACGCAGUUGGCCACGCUUCAAAGCAAUCUCCAGGGCUAUCGUGGUGUCCUUAGCGACAUGAGCAAGACUGUGAAAUAUCUUGGUUCGUUUAGUCCUGCCCAGAAUCCCCUGUUCAUCGACUACAACGAAAUCCUGGCCGAGCGAAAGCGCAAGAAGGUGCGCAACUACUUCAAGUACACCACCCUUAUCCUGGGAAUCUCCGUUUUCAUUUGCCUCAAGUGCAAGUGGUUCUCCUAGUAUUCGAAUAUCCUGGCAAAGCAUUCCCCUUAUCCAUUUGCUGUACAAAUAACGCAGUUUUCCUUAGCGCGAGCUUGGAAUCUAUAAGUUUCCAAUGUGUUUUCUUGCAAAUCAAAAUAGUUGAUAGUUUGUUGAAAAGUUAAAACUGAAAUCUCAAUGAAACGAAAUUUAUCAAAUUGUUACCUGAAGCUUAACUGAGUUUAUUUGAAUUUAUAAACAAUUAGAAAGUUACAUCUUUAAUAUAAUUAACAGGUUAUUAAAGUUAAUAAGUUAUAAUGUAUAAUAAACAAUAUUUACUUAUAUAUAUCAAUGUAAGCAAUACACCGAUUGAGACAAUAGACGUUACUAAUCAAAGAAACAUAAAGAAAUGUUACCUGAAGCACAGUAAACUACCUGAAAUUUGAAUAGAAUAUUUAAAAAUUGAAUAUCAAUUGCAAUAACAUAGUUAAAUACGUGUUUUGUAGUUAAAAUCCUUACAAAUGUAACACCAAUUAGUAUACAAACAGACUAAUAAACGUAUAGAUGUUAUAA